AGGAAUCAGGUGAACAUGGAGUAUGUAGACCUAGACUGGGCAGCCUUUGUCGCCCGCCCACCAGUUGAUUCUGCUCAGUGUCAGGAGGUGACAGGAGGGACGGGGAAGCGAGGCCGAAGCAGACAUUUUCUCUCAAGGAAUCGCUGCUUUCCUGCUGCAUCUCCAAAUCUCGCCGCCACUAUGCUUCGCUUGACCUCAGGACGUCUGGGGGGUCUUCUGGCCAGGCGUUCCACAGCCGCCAUGACCACCAGCAGCAGUGUGAGGAUGGAGAGCAAGCAGAGCCACGAGGUGUCGGAGACGGUGGACAUGUCCCGGCCUAUGUACUACGACCGGCUGGACACCCCUCUGCCUGACAGACCCUACAGAGAUGUCCUGAGUGAUGCUGAGGAGAGCCUGAAGCAGAAGGAGAAAGGACCGUGGAGUCAGCUGACCGACGAGGAGAAGAUCGCCUUGUAUCGUCUGAUGUUCUCGCAGACCUACGCGGAGAUGAAGGCGCCUACAGGAGAGUGGAAAACCGUAGUGGGUGGCAUGCUCUUCUUUCUGGGCUUCACUGGUCUGGUGAUCUGGUGGCAGAGGAUUUACGUCUACCCUCCUCACCCCAGGACCACUGACGAUGACUGGAAGGCCAUGCAGCUCCAGAGGAUGCUGGAUAUGAAAAUCAACCCUGUGCAGGGCCUGGCUGCCAAGUGGGACUACGACAAGGGCCAGUGGAAAUGAAAGCAGAGAGAGGACAGAGGCUGGGAUGGCGUGGAGUUUCUGAUUUCACCGCGUUUUAUCUCGGCCUCUCCAGUCUGCUUCCUCUACAGCUCCUGAAGGCUUCUGUCACGUUAUUACUGUGGCCGUCCUCAUGUAAUCACUUUAUCAUAAUAAAGCUGCAUCAUAACUCUAAA